GUCUCGAGCGUUGCGGGUGAGACGUGAAAUUCGAGGUGUCGUUUGGUUUGAUUUGUUGUGGAUGAGAUACCUCGCCGUUACUUACAUAAAUGCCUAAAGUUGUGUCACGGAGUGUGGUGUGUUCGGACACGCGAGACAGAGAGGAGUACGACGAUGGAGAGAAGCCGCUGCACGUGUACUACUGUUUAUGUGGGCAAAUGGUGCUCGUGCUGGACUGCCAGCUGGAGAAGUUACCCAUGAGACCACGGGACAAGGCACGAGUCAUUGACGCAGCGAAACACGCGCACAAGUUCUGCAACGUGGAAGAGGAUGAGAGCGUGUACUUGAAAAGGGCGGAGGGGAUCGAGCGACAAUACCGGAAGAAGUGUGGGAAGUGUGGCCUCCUCCUGUUCUAUCAGCACCAGAUGAAGAACACUCCUGUGACGUUCAUCGUGGAUGGUGCCGUGGUCAAGUUUGGCGAGGGCUUUGGCAACACCAACGUCUACAGCCAGAAACCCGAGGCACCAAAGAAAGUCAGAGUGAUGAUGACGAAACGCACCAAAGACAUGGGCAAGUUCAGUUCUGUUACCGUGUCAACCAUUGAUGAGGAAGAGGAAGAGAUCGAGGCGAGGGAGGUGGCGGACUCUUAUGCUCAGAAUGCUAAAGUCAUCGAGAAACAACUAGAGAGGAAAGGAAUGAGCAAGAAAAGACUGCAGGAACUGGCUGAACUAGAAGCUAAGAAGGCAAAGAUGAAGGGAACCCUUAUUGAUAACCAGUUCAAAUAGUGUGUCUGUGUGUGUCUGUCUGUGUGUCCUGGUCGCGUCAAGCCAGCUGUGUGUUGUUUUGUGAGACACAGCAUCAGAAACAGAAAUGCAGGUGGGAACUAUAUUUUACUACAGUGCAUUUGAUGUUUUGUCCUAAAUGUGCAGCCUGUGUUUUUGAGUGUGAUGAAACAUGAGAGGAAUAAUUUUUCUAAGCCAUCUGGAAUUUAUUUUGUAUAUAUGUAUUUUUGUUUUUUCUUUUAAAUAAAUAUUUACAGAGACCACUCUACCUC